GUGUGUAGGCGUGUGCAUGUGUGUGUGUGUGCGCGAAGUCAGACCCUCGUGCACGCGCGCGGUUAGAGAGAGACCUCCCCGGUCCACAGUGGCUCAGUGUUUUGGAGAGUAACCUGUGGGUCGAUGCACCGCAGCGAGGAGCAUGAACACAAGGAUCCUGCAGCUCAGAGGACCAGAGAGAGAGAAAGGGAGAGAGAAGGGGAGAGAGAGAGAGAGAGAGAGAGCGAGAGAGAGAGAGGAAGGUGCACACCAGCGAGCUGAACCCUCAGGGCUGUCUGUAGGGAACCAUGUGCAGCUCCCUGAGCCCCAAACAUCCCAUCGGCCCCGGCCUUACGGACAUGCAGCAGUACCACCAGUGGCUGGCCAGUCGACAUGAAGCCAGCCUGCUGCCCAUGAAGGAGGACCUGGCCCUGUGGCUCAGUGAUAUCCUCGGUCUGGAAAUCACCGCCGAGAGCUUCAUGGAUCGCUUAGACAAUGGCUUCCUGUUGUGCCAGCUGGCUGGGACACUGCAGGAGAAGUUCAGGCAAAGCAACGGAGACCCGCCUGCCCUUGGCAACACAAAGCCACAGAGUAUCCCCAAUCGGAGGAUACCAUGCCGGCAGAGUGCCCCCUCUGGCUCUUUCUUUGCACGGGACAACACAGCUAACUUCCUGGCCUGGUGUCGUCAGGUUGGAGUUGGUGAAACGUGUCUGUUUGAGUCAGAGGAUUUAGUUCUUCACAGGCAGCCACGGGAGGUGUGCCUCUGUCUUUUAGAGUUGGGGCGGAUAUCAUCACGGUACAAUGUGGAGCCUCCAGGCCUCAUACAACUUGAGAGAGAGAUUGAGCAAGAAGAGAAAGCACCUCUACCUCCUCCAUCGCCUUCAUCUCCAGCUCAGCCCCUCCCUCCAUCUCCCGCCUCCUCUCCUUCCCCUUCUCCUUCUCCCUCUGCCUCCCCGACUCCUCCCAAAGUGACGUCCAGCAAGAAAAGCACAGGGAAGCUGUUGGAUGAUGCUGUAAGAAGUAUCGCUAAUGACCCCCCCUGCAGGUGUCCGAAUAAAUUCUGUGUAGACAGACAGUCGCAGGGUCGAUACCGUGUUGGGGAGAAGAUGCUUUUCAUCCGAAUGCUGCACAACAAGCAUGUGAUGGUGCGUGUGGGCGGAGGCUGGGAGACCUUUGAGAGCUACCUGCUGAAGCACGACCCGUGCCGCAUGCUCCAGUUCUCCCGGGUGGAGGGCAAGAUGUCUCCUGUCAGCAGCAAGUCCCCUAACAUCAAGGACCUGACCCCCGACAGCUACCUGGUGGUGGCAGCCCACUACCGCAGCAAAAAGUGAGGACAUGAGACAGAUAAAAGAGCCAUUGAUAAAAGAGCACAGAAGACAACUUCUCUCUGUUGUGUCCUCCACACUUUAAUGGACAUGGAUGUCUAACAAAUGUCUGGUUUUAUAAAAGUUCAGUGGCUAUAGACAUUCAUGGAAACCUCACUGGUGUAACAGUGAUGCUUUGUUUUUUAUGAAAAAAAAAAAGAGGCACAUGGAAGUUUUUGAUCACAUAAAGGCUGCAGUCAUACAAGGAGGUUUCAUUAAAUUUUACGUAAUUGUAAAAUUAAAGCUUUUGAAUUUUUUUUUUUAUCGUUUCAACUGGGUACAAAUAACUGUACAAAUUUUGUUGUGAUGUUUAUCAAUCUCUAAUCGUAUUUUAAGCAAUAUACAGUUAUACUUUUUCUAGGUACGAUUUUUGCAGAUUUUAGUGCACAUGCUCUUAUUUGAAUGCAGAAGGCCUGUGGUACCUGUCUGUAUUAUAUAUAUAUAUAUCGAAAACAUACAUUUUCUGAAUAAAGCUGAGUAAGUUGUGGGGGUUCCAGGGUCUUCAGGAAGCUAGUUCUCCUUGGAGACCUGGAGUGGAUUCCAACACCAAGGCAUUGUUUUUCAUGUUUUCUUUUUGACUUUAUCUGAUAUUUCUGUCCUAAAUGCAUUAACAGUACAUUGAAAAUAUAAAUAGUUCUAGUAGAUGCCACACUCAACUGAACUUGCAUCGUCCAUGGAACUCUUCCAGGCCAAAGUCAUGUGAUGAACCAAAUAUUUACGUGGCAGUCUACUGUGUAGUAUUUGUGUAGAACAACAUGUCUCUCCUUCAAACCAAUUGCCAGCCAUAAAAUGUAGUAGCUUUUACCCUCUCAUGUCACGAGGCUGUCUCAGUGUCUCAAUGCUUCACUUGUUUACAUCCUUGAUGACUAUUCUAUGCAAUGCAAUUUUAUACAACUGUCAUUUUAUUAUAGAUAAUUGUUAGAGUAGCUCCUGUUUUAUAUAAUUUCUAUAGUGAGAACAUGGACAAUCACCUGCACUAGUUGCAGUAUGUAGUUUAACAGAACCUUGUUUUUUUGUGAUAUAACAUGUACAUUAUUUGAGGAUCUACAGUUCUUGGGUUUGUACUGCUAUUGGCCUCUAGAGGCAGUGCAAUCGCUGAAAUCAGAGGAGGAAUCGGUUUCCGAGGUUUAGAUUUUUGCAGUGAUGAGACUUAAUUCUCGAUGUGAUCAUAUUCAAUCGGUUCAUUUGUCAAACUUCUUCUUUGAAAUGUAAUGAGGGACUGUCAGAGAGGUCAGUGGCUGUGCAGUGUAACUCACAGACGUGUAUGUGCAGUAAAUAAGACCAGUUUCUGUUCUCAGAUGUACAUUUUCAAUAAACUCUCAAAACUUGAAUCUUAAAAA